CCGCAAACAAAACUAGUCACAACAACGUGGAGCGGAAGCCAGCAGCCCCAAAGUGAACCAGUUAACAGCCAGUGAUACAGUCUGAGAAAGAGAGAGCUUUUGGAAGCAGGAGCAAGUUUGCCACAGCCAAAGUGAACGUGAACGUAGCUUUCGACGCGUUCGAACCACACUCGCUUGAUUCAUUGCCAGCGAGCCACUGAACCGCCUCGCAUUCCACGAAUACCAAAAAUCCAAAAAAAAUCCGCCGAUAUGUUGCGGACCUUUGCCAUUCUGCUGCUGAUCGUGGUGGCUGCAAACGCGAGAGCUGCACCGCCGAAACCCACCGAUACGCCGGAUUAUGAACCCACCGAGGAAGUGGACUCCUCCACCUACAUGUCCGUGGAGGAAGGCACCAUCACGGUGGACGUCGACUCGGACGUGAUAUUGACCACCAGUCCCGAGGGAGAGGCCUUCACCGAAGCCAGCCCGAUAGUUACGACGGAGGAGCCGCUUCCGGAUUCGGUGGUGCAGCAGCUGGAGAUGGAGCGUGCGCAGGAAGAGCGGCUCAAGAAUCCCGAAGAGUCGGAAGCCGAACUCGAAUCGGAGGAGGAGGAGGAUCAGACCACAUCAACAAGCACGGAGCCACCAAAGUCCAACAAUACAGAGAGCACCACCAAGCGAAUCUUUAAGUUCGGAGCCACCACACUGCCACCGAGUUUUGUCACCACCACUAGUAGUCUGGAGAUCACCACUAUUCUGCCACAGGGUGGAGUAACGACUCCCACUGCAGAGACCGAGGAAACCACCGUCAAGGAGGAGGUAAAGACCAUAAGGAACUACUUCGAGCGGAAGCCCGCACAUAUGGAGGAAAUCGAACUGGACAUGGCCGAGAACCGAAUGGAAACGACCACAAAUGCACCACUCCAUGAGAACGUGGAGCUCUCCAUGCUUGUGACCACCGACGCUGCAUUGGUGGAGGAGGAUAGCAAGCCCAGCAUUGAGACUGACCAGGCGGAGUCGGUGGCAACCACAGUGGUGCCUGUUUACCAAUACGUUAGCAAGGCAGCUCCCAUCGUCACUGAGCCGCAGCCCCAGUUUAAUACGAUGGUGCCACCAGUAAAGGAAGAGGUGGACACCACUGAGGGUGCGAUUGAGGAAACAACAGAACUGCCACUAGUUUCAUCCACCACAGCAUCUAAGCCCACCACUGAGGCUGAGGAAACCACUGAACCAGCGCCUAGCAGCACCACUUCAACCACCGAGACUGCUCUGGUCACCAGCAGGGUGGAAACUUUGCUGAAUGUCCAGCCCGAGACCACUACGAGUGCUUGGGACACCACAACCACUACGAGCACCACUGAAGCUCCAACUACAACCACUGAAGCGCCAACUACGACGAGUACCACCAGCACCACUGAAGCUCCAACUACAACCACUGAUGCUCCAACUACGGCGAGUGCCACCAGCAGUGCUGAAACCACGACAAGUACCACCAGCACCACCAGUGCUCCCACCACCACAACCAGCACCACCAGUGCUCCAACCACCACAACCACCACCACCACAGAACGCCCCAUUCAGACGCGAGCUCCGCGUGUGGAGCGGAUCUUCAACUCGGACGGAGUGGAGGUGCUCUACGGAUACUCGUCGGUGGUGCGGACGAACCGCUCGUGAGUGGUGGGCACCACACGACCUUGUCAAGGUCGGACAACUUGCCAUUAUGUGGAGAUUGAUGCUCGGGUUGUUUUAGGCCAUUUUCAAUUCUAAACGAGUUAUAAACAGAAAUAUUUAAAUUUUAUGCGACGGCCCGCACAGUGUGAUAAACCAAAAAUGAAAAGAAACAAAUAACGAUGCGUAAGAAGAUAUCGAUGGAUAUACAAAUCCACACAGACAUGAAACAAAACAACACGAAUAUUGUGCAAAAUUUGUGAACGGUCUGGCAAAUGACAAAAAUGAGGAGAAAUGCGUGAGAUAAGCGAUUUUAUAAAUUAUAAAUAAAACAUGAA